UGUCAUAAAUAAGGAUCGUGAUUAUUUUGUCAAUAAAGACUUAGUUGCUUCUACCACUAAAUCUUUAUAUAUUUCGUCCAAAAUGUUAAAACCAAAAGCAUUGACUCAAGUAUUAAGUCAGGCAAAUACAGGAGGCGUCGAAAAUACUUUAUUAUUAAAUCAUCAAGGUGCACUAUUAGCAUAUUCUGGAUACAAUGAUAAAGAUGCAAGAGUUACCGCUGCAAUCGCUAGUAAUGUUUGGUCUGCAUAUGAAAAACAUGGUAGAAAUGUCUUCAAAGAAGACAAGUUACAUUUGAUUUUAGUUGAUUGCCUAAACGGUAAAAUAGCAGUUACUCAAGUUGCUAACCUGCUCUUAUGUCUAUAUGCCAAAGAAUCUGUAGGUUUUGGAAUUUUAAAAGAAAAAAUAAAUGCAAUUGCUCAGUAUUUGGAAGGACCUUUAAAGCAAGUUGCUAGUUCACAAUAAUAACAUUUUAAAUAUUAUUCUCUUUACAUACUGUAAAAUAAACCUUUUAAGCAAAUUUAAAUAAACCUUGUAAAUUGUAUUUAAAAGUAUGGGAUUUAUAAGAUCUUCUUAGAUCUGAUACAUUAUCAUAAAAUAUGUUAUGUAUGUAAAGGGCUUUUCAAACCUAACAUAAUUUUUUGCAAUCUUGUAUAUUGUAUUGUUACUAAUAAUUAUCAUAGUUUUCUAUUAAAGUAUUCUUAAUUAAAUUA